CCGGUACUGUAUGAAGGUGGGGUCAGGAUCGUAGGCGGUAUCCGUGUGUUGUCGGUGUGUAGUGAAUGUAUUGGACCGUUGCGUGCCAAGCAUCUCCCUCGGCACGCCCUCGCGAACGGUCUAUGGCUAGGCGACUGCCCGCCCGAGCUGCAGGGGUUACGAUAUGUAGAACAGCUACUAGUUGCUCGUAAUAGACACAGUUUUUGCGUCGCUCAGGUUACGCGAGGACGGCAGCGAUAUUUGACUGCAAAUGCAAUAAUUUUUGGACAACCUGUUGCGCGUAUGUACUCUAUGCUGCCACCUAUGAGG